AUGGCUGAUGUACAGUCCCAAGUGGCGCCUGCCACUACCGCCGCACCGGCAGUCACUGCCACGCCGGCACCACCUCAAGAUGCACAGGCUUCCACGAACAACAACCCGGGCGAUUCAACACUCCCUCCGGCCCCUGCACAAGGAUCUGCCACCAAGAAGAAGACGCGCCGUGGCACGCGCGGAGCGCGUCGCAACCGUAAAGGUCACUGGCGGCCAUAUUCAGAGCUCACCUGGGAGGAACGUCGUGAUCUGGAACUGCGAGAUGCUGCCAAGUAUGAUCAGCCCGAAGAAACACAGGAGGUACUCGUCGAACAGCCUCGCCGCAAACGGGCCAAACGCCGCGGUGCUAGCAGCACGCACAAGCACGGCGAUCAGACUCGUACCGAUGGCGAGGGUAACAACUCCAAGUCGGGCAAGCGCAAGUCUGGCCCAACCACCGAGACAAUGUUGGUUCCCGCCGCUCCCCGCCUAACCGCUGGCGUCAUCAUGGAGGAGCGAGAGGCUCGCGCCGACGCCGCUAUUUUUGAUCCAGAAGCUUUGGAGAACGAUGAGCUUGAUUUUGAACAGAUGCUGCAAGAUCGCCACUCAGACGGGAGCACCACGGAGGAUGAGUUUGACGAGGAGCUCACCAACACCCUGUUUGAAGAUCUCGAAGGCCUUUCCCGCCAAGAGCUCAUGGCGCGCAUUGUGGACCAGGACACUCAGAUUGCACGCCUCAAGCAGCGCGUUGCUCAGCUUGCCACCCGCCGCAGCCCGGAUUCUAUGGAUUCCACAUCCUAGGUGGCUUAUCCACCUUGUCAUGUCCACGGCAUUCACAUCUGGCUGAGCCUGCUUGAUGAAUUGCAUCUGGUGGGCACGAACUUCUCUCAAAGUGGCUUAAUCAACUGGUUUGAUGGCUACGCAAUGAGCUCCCAGCACCGCGUCAUGCCUUUGGUAGCCUGUUGCUCUUAAGCAACAACUUGAGCGGAAGUUACAAGGUCUUGGCGCGCCAAGUUUUGCGCCUUGUUUUUGGGGCUGGGCUAGCAUAGCAAUCCAUGGGCUGGGUUGGAACACCCGCUCCGCCCAUGUUGUGGUUUGCAGCAACUGUUCGAGCCAGACUGAUUGCAUUGCACUCGAGCAAAGAGAUGUUGCCUGCAGCAGCACACUUGGCUGGCUGCGAGCGCCCAAGCCAUGUCAGUUCACCUGUUGAAGGCUUACUUACCGCUGGCAGUGAACGUAAGUCUUUUUUCUCCGGACAACGAUAAGGAAGUACAUGUUCUAAUAACUGAUACGUUUUCAUAAUCGAAAUUUUUUUUUUC